AUGUCCGAGGCCCUUACGAACACAUUCUUGACGGACGUGCUAGAAGAUGGUCGACGUGCCCAAGACUUCGUGGAGCUGCACGACCAAGUACAAACAAGCGUGAAUCUGCUCGACUCUCUGGAGAACUUCCUAUCGACGUUUCAGAAAGACUUGUCGGCUGUGUCUGGGCAGAUAUCCACCCUACAGGACCGUAGCAAGGACAUCGAGAACAAAUUGAAGAGCCGCAGGAAAAUCGAGAAACCGCUAUCUCACUUACUUGUGGACCUCUGUAUUUCACCGGAAUUGGCUACCCUCAUCCUUGAUACCCCCGUGGGUGAGCCAUGGAUACCAGCUAUAGUCGAGUUCGAGAACAGGCUAGAUGCCGUGAAAGUCCGCGUUCGAGUCAAGGCUGCGAGAGAUCUCGCAGAAGUAGCAGAAGGUUUGCGGAUCGUGGCGGCGACAAAGCUGCGUACUUUCUUUCUUGCCAUGCUGCAGCCGAUACGGAGCAGCAUGACAACCAACAUGCAAGUCAUUCAGACCUCGGUCCUGUUGAAAUACAGGUCUCUUUUCGAAUUCCUGCAGCGCCAUGCCCCACCCGUAGCAAGUGAGGUGCAGAGGGCGUACGUGGGAACAGCCCGUACAUAUUUUGAGACUGGAUUCCGCCGGUAUAUACGCAGUCUGGGGUAUCUUAAGGCACGCUGGGUGGAGAAAAAUGAGACGAUCAUCGCUGGUGCUGGAGAGACGAACGUGGAGCCGGAGGUAGACGUCGACAGGUUCUCGCACUCGCGGAUUGACGGUCCUGGACCGGUACUCGCAUACAUGGUGGACGAUAAGUCUCAUAAAGAACCGGUCGAAGCCUUGCUGCGGUCCAUGCUGCUUGUCCUCAUGGAUAAUGCAACGGCUGAGUACACGUUCAUCAUGGCCUUCUUCGCGGUGGAACCCCGACCGUCCAUGCACUCCAAGCAGUCCAGCGGAUCUAUUCUCUCCCCGACUUCCCUUCUCUCGCCUACACAAGGCGACUUUGAUGACAGCCGCUCUAAUGCGGGUUCUGAUUUUGGCUUCACGCCCAAGCAGCGCGUGACCAGUAUCGGAAGUAUCGGCGCAUUGAUGAAUGCAGAAGGACAGGCUACCAAGGACGAUCAGUCUGCUAUGAACGUUAUUUGGAAGCAAAUUAUGGAUCCAGUUCUCGAGUAUUGUCAGACAUUUGUUCGAUCGAUGCUUGACCCUGCGCCUCCUGUGGUGCCAUUGCUUACCAUGAUUCGACUCACGGAAGAUGUUAUGGCGGAAGUGCAGAGACGCAGCUGUUCACCAUUGGAGACUUUCAUCUUCACAAUCCGACUGCAGAUGUGGCCCGUGUUCCAGAAGGCCAUGGCAGACAAUGUUGAGUCCUUAAAGAAGCUUGCUGAGGGUACGACAUCCGGAUACUUCCGUAGAGGGUCUACAACCACUGACGCGACCGUGAUGAGCAUAUGCCGCCGAUAUGUGCGCGUCUUCAAUUCCUUCAUAGCACUCACGGACCAACCAGAGGAGACCAUGAUUUUCUCGAAUUUGUUCCGCCUUAGACAAGAGCUCUCGACGCUUAUCACAAGCCAUACGGACAAGAUUAACGAUGUUGUUGCGAGAGCGACAAUGCAAGGUUCGAUGUACGAGAUCAUUCUGCAGGGUCUUAGUCGAGGAGCGACGAGCCACCCAAAGGCACAAAGUGAGAUUGCGUUUUGGCGCGGACGAGAAGAGGAAGCACGACGUAGGAUUGUCUCUACGAACAGACCCAGGUGA